AUGGUUUCCCAGGGGAUUCAGAUGAUCGGCAUAUCCAUGUCCGUGCUCGGCUGGUUCAUGGUGCUGGUGGUGUGCGCCUUGCCCAUGUGGAAGGUCACCGCUUUCAUCGGCGCCAACAUCAUCACGGCUCAGACCAUCUGGCAGGGCAUGUGGAUGAACUGCGUGGUGCAGAGCACGGGCCAGAUGCAGUGCAAGGUGUACGACUCCAUGCUGGCGCUGCCCCAGGACCUGCAGGCCGCCCGCGCCAUGACCAUCAUCUCCAUCCUGACGGGGGUCUUCGGAGUGGUCGUGGCCAUCGCCGGGGGGAAGUGCACCAACUGCAUGGAGGACGAGCGCUCCAAGGCCAAGGCGUGCAUCCUGGCUGGAGUUCUGUUCAUCGUGUCGGGGGUGCUGGUCCUCGUCCCCGUGUCCUGGUCGGCCAACACCAUCAUCAGGAACUUCUACAACCCGAUGAUGAUCAACGCCCAGAGGUACGACCUCUUCACCAUGGGGAGGAUUGGCAAGGAAGUGGCAGGUCAGAUCAUUAGCUUCAUCGGCCUGGUCGGGGCGUCGGUGGUCUGUGGCAUCCCCAUGUGGAGGGUGACCAAUUACAUCGGAGCCAACAUCGUGACGGGUCAGAUCGUGUGGGACGGCCUGUGGAUGAACUGCGUGAUGCAGAGCACGGGACAGAUGCAGUGCAAGCUGAACGAGUCGGUGAUGAAGCUGUCCCCGGACCUGCAGGCCGCCCGAGCGCUGGUCAUCAUCUCCCUCAUCUGCGGCUUCAUCGGCUUCAUCGUCAGCUUCAUCGGAGCCCGGUGCACCGGCUGCCUGAAGAAAGAGGCGUCCCAGGCCAACGUGACGAUCAUCAGCGGCUGCCUCAUCAUCCUGGCCGCCAUCCUGAUCCUCAUCCCCGUCUGCUGGUCGGCCACCAUCACCAUCACAGACUUCCAGAACCCCUUGACCCUCCAGACGCAGAAGAGGGAAAUCGGAGCGUCCAUCUACAUCGGCUGGGCCUCGGCGGCCAUCCUCCUGAUCGGCGGGAUCAUCCUGACCACUUCCUGUCCUCCUCAGAGGCCCAUGUACGGAUACCCAGGUUACCCACCAGCACCCGGGUACCCGUACACCGGCCCAGGGCCAAACCCAGCCACCUACGCCCCUGUGUACGCACCCCCGUCCAGCCGACCUUACACAGGAACAGGGUCGUAUGCACCCACCAAACCCUACGCUGCACCCCCCACAUACGCUCCUAGAAACUACCUCUAG